CAAGAGCAAAGGGCCUGAGACAGAAGGUUGAGUGUGAGCAGAAAGAGGCCGAAGAACAGCAGCAGAAGCAACAGAGCCACACGACAGUCUUCUAGACUUGCCUUCAUCACCUGAAUGAAAUGGGCAUAACCGGGAUGACUCCUGCGUUUUUAAAGUGUGGGACCGCAAAGUUCUAGUCUGCUCUAUGUACUGGAGAAGGGAGAAUCGAGAUAGGCCACUGAUUGGGCUCCUGCAGUUAUCCAGCUCCCAGGUCGGGCCAGCGGAGGCCAGCGCAUCAAGCUGGUUAAGUGCGGGCAGACUCCCUGCAGCCCUCUGUGUUAGCUAACAGCCUCUUGAGAGCAAAGCAUUUUUGCUGAAAGGCGGGCCUCUGCUUUGUCCCUGGAGACUCUCAUUAAAGUGGAAGUCUGAGUUUUUCUUCCAGCUGGAAUGCCCUACGCUCCACCCCCACCCCCAGACUGCCAGGAAAGAAGGGGUGAAGCAGAACAAAACCUUAACCUCCAGGCCCCGGGGCUCUGAGCCUUCCGCAGCCGCUUGCUCCCAGGAAUAUAUACCCCGCGCUUUCAUCGCACCCUUGGAAACUUGUAGGCCCUCUCUGCUUCCACCUUCUCCGAGACCGGAGUGCUGCAAGGACCUCCGAGGAUUUCCACGCGCCCCUGGCAUUGGAGCACAGCAUCCUGUUGUUCUUACCUGGAGCUGGGCGACUGGGGCACUUCGGGUUGUUCCCAGAGAUAUACCUCUGUGCCGCCCUAGCGAACAUAAGACUAUGAAUCCUGUAGCCAGGACUGGUAUUUGGCUCAACUCCAGGAUCCUGGGAAUUGACUUCUCUCCUCAGCUUUGGAACACGCGGGUCUUUACUGGGCAGGGUUUUUCUCUCCCACUUCUAUACCUGGAGCAGCUGAGCUAAAGUGCCUGGGAAACGCAGUACAGGUGCCAGGCACCAAGGUUUUUUCCCUGGCUGAGGUCUUCGCCAGUUCCCGAAGGCAGCAAGACUCCAAACAGUAACCCGUGUCUCCCUAUGCGUGAGCAGAAGCCGUCAGGCUUGACGUUCACAGGAAGUGUGCUCUGGGAGUGCAGCUCCUUGCAGGAGGAUCCUCAGCCCUGAGCAACUUGGCUCUCCUAGCGCUGGGAGGUCCCAAGCAGCAGCAGUGAUGAAAACCGACCCUGCCAGCAUUUGGGCAAGUGUACAUAUUCAGAACAAUCUCUUCCUUUCUUCCAUACGAGGAGUGAAAAAUGGAUCAAAUUCAUUCUGAAGUGUUUUGUUAAUAUCUAAAGCACUGGCGGCGUGGACAGCUCCCGCACCUUGGGCUCUAGCUACCUCUGCAGUGAGGCGCGGGCGGGCCAGCAGAGCAGGGUGCAGCCGGGGAUAGACCCGCCGGCUCUCGCUCCUCCCUGUCAACCCCCGCCCUUCGCUCGCGCUGCCCGCCACUUUGAGGGGUUUCCUCUCUCCGCGGCUUCUGCAACAGCACUUCUGUCUGGUUCCCGGCAAUUGCGAGCAUGGAUCUCCGAGGAAGAACCCUUCUCAGCGGGGACAGACUUCGGAUUCUCCUAAUGCUUUUCCAUGCAAUGGCUCGGAUCACGGCAGAGCAAGAAGUGGAAAAUCUUUCAGGCCUUUCAACGAACCCUGAAAAGGACAUAUUUGUGGUGCGCGAAAAUGGGACGACAUGUCUCAUGGCAGAGUUUGCAGCCAAAUUUAUUGUACCUUACGAUGUGUGGGCCAGCAAUUACGUGGAUCUGAUCACAGAGCAGGCUGACAUCGCCUUGACCCGGGGAGCUGAGGUGAAGGGCAGCUGUGGUCUCAACGAGUCGGAGCUGCAGGUGUUCUGGGUGGAUCGCGCGUACACGCUCAAAAUGCUCUUUGUGAAGGAAAGCCACAACACGUCCAAGGGACCCGAGGCCACUUGGAGGCUGAGCAAGGUGCAGUUUGUUUAUGACUCCUCAGAGAAGACCCACUUUAAAGAUGCAAUGAAUCCUGGGAAACACACGGCCAACUCCCAUCGCCUCGCUGCCUUGGUCACCCCAGCUGGUAUGUCCUAUGAGUGUCAGGCUCAACAGACCAUUUCUCUGGCCUCCAGUGAUCAUCAGAAGACUGUUGCCAUGAUCCUGUCUGCAGUUCACAUCCAACCCUUUGACAUCAUCUCAGAUUUCGUCUUCAGUGAAGAACACAAAUGUCCAGUGGAUGAGAGAGAGCAGCUGGAGGAGACCUUGCCCCUAAUUCUGGGCCUCAUCUUAGGCCUUGUCAUUGUAAUAACACUCGUGAUUUACCACAUCCACCAUAAAAUGACUGCCAAUCAGGUGCAGAUCCCCAGAGACCGAUCUCAGUACAAGCACAUGGGCUAGGGGCCAUUAGAAAGGCAGCCUCCACGUCUUGCCCCCAAACUGGACCCAGUAGAACGACAAUGGCACUUUCCACCCGUACACAGGAUACACCAACAUAGCUACACUCCAACUGGCUUGGGCACCUGAGGCUUGCCCGGCCAGCAUCCAUGCUUAAAGCCAGGGAUGGCGGACAGGUCUUGGGAUUCGUGGGGUGAAUGGCAGCUGUUCUCUACAUGCUGGGGAGUAAGGGCGGGGAAGCUACACAGCCAGCCUUCAUGCUCAUGAUGACUCGACAAUGACUCUAACUCUAUAAAUUACAGCACCUGGAGAGGAGGAUCUCACUUUUAUGCUUUGGGACCAGAAACACUUCCUUUGGGUGGAGACCUCUUUAGGUCCAGAGGACUAGGGGUGCUUUGCUCCCUUGGCCUCAGCUGGCUUACCUACACAGUUUUCAAUGCACACAAAAUACAACCUCAUGCUCCCUGUGGCAAGACCCCUGAAAGUGAUCCAUGCUUCUGGCUGGCACUCUGCAUGUCUAGUGAUCGUUUUGGGAAUGUUUCACUGCUACCUGCACCCAGUGAUUUUUCAGCACAAGAACCCGUUUAAUGUCACUAUGCACAGUUAUUUGGAAUUCAUAAUGUGUCAGGUCCAAGUGAAGGGACCUGAAGAAUCAAUUCAUGUGAGUUUGUUUUUGAAAAUGAAUUAAAACGCACUACUCUCUGG